GAUCGCAUUCCGCCACACUUGACGAUUUUAUGGCCUCAACGAAAAAUGCUACCCUUUGUUAGCAGGACUGGUGAAAAAUCGUGUCUUGAUUAAGGUUAACUUAAUCGAUCCGUCGUUUUCACUCGAUGCCCUAGUAAUUAAUCUCUAAAUUGAAACUAAUUGGUUGUAUUUCUUAUCACAAGUGAACUUCUCUGACUGUUAGUUAGCGGGUUAGCUGCCUAGACUACAGCCGCAGCUCGGGAGAGGAUGUCUCUUCACGGGAAAAGAAAAGAAAUCUACAAAUACGAGGCGCCAUGGACGGUCUAUGCCAUGAACUGGAGCGUCCGCCCGGACAAACGCUUUCGGCUGGCUCUGGGGAGCUUUGUGGAGGAAUACAACAACAAGGUUCAGCUGGUUGGUCUGGAAGAAGAGAGCUCAGAGUUUGUCUGCAGGAAUACAUUUGAUCAUCCUUACCCCACCACCAAGAUCAUGUGGAUCCCAGACACCAAAGGAGUUUACCCAGACCUGCUGGCCACAAGCGGGGACUACCUGCGCAUAUGGAGGGUCAACGAAACAGAAACACGCCUCGAAUGUCUGCUGAACAACAACAAGAACUCGGACUUCUGUGCUCCGCUCACCUCCUUUGACUGGAAUGAAGUUGACCCCAAUCUGCUGGGAACAUCCAGCAUUGACACCACCUGCACCAUCUGGGGGUUGGAGACCGGUCAGGUGUUGGGACGAGUUAACCUGGUUUCUGGACAUGUGAAGACCCAGCUGAUUGCUCAUGACAAAGAGGUUUACGACAUUGCGUUCAGCCGCGCAGGAGGAGGCAGAGACAUGUUCGCCUCUGUGGGCGCUGAUGGAUCCGUCCGCAUGUUCGACCUCCGACAUCUAGAGCACAGCACCAUCAUCUACGAAGACCCCCAGCACCACCCGCUGCUCCGCCUCUGCUGGAACAAACAGGACCCCAACUACCUGGCCACGAUGGCCAUGGACGGCAUGGAGGUGGUGAUCCUGGACGUUCGUGUGCCGUGCACUCCUGUGGCUCGGCUCAACAACCAUCGCGCCUGCGUUAACGGCAUCGCCUGGGCACCUCACUCCUCAUGUCACAUCUGCACUGCAGCCGAUGACCAUCAGGCUCUGAUCUGGGACAUCCAGCAGAUGCCUCGUGCCAUCGAGGACCCAAUCCUGGCCUACACCGCUGAAGGAGAGAUCAACAAUGUACAGUGGGCCUCCACGCAGCCAGACUGGAUCGCCAUCUGCUACAACAACUGCCUGGAGAUCUUGCGCGUCUAAAGCAGGAGAAAUCGAGCCCCACGUUUCACAUUCGGACUUUUAGUCGCCCUCGUCCACCGGCUUCCGGGACGAGGCCACAAGUGAACUUUCUGAACGUGUAUCAUGAAAUUGGUUUACAUUUAUCAGCUCUUCUAAUAAACAUGUGUAAGCUCUUAUUUAUUUUGCUCAGCAGCUGUAGGAAGUGUUUGUGUUUUCUCGAGAUUUUUAAUACUUCUCAGCCAGCUGUGAGAUGAUCUAGAGAAGUUUAGAUCUCUUUCAUCUCUUUAGUUUGAGGUUGAUACAAACUGCUGUAGGUGGCAGAAAAUAACUCGUAGGAUUAACUCAUAGCCUUCUUGUGGAUGCAUACCAUAUUAUUGGUCAGUUAAGCAUCUGGACAGUAUAUUAUGGUCUUGUUUACCAUAUUUGGGCGUUUUAAGACGUUCAAUGAUCAUCUUGGUUCAUGUUGCCGAUGCAGCUGACAUUUAAAGUCUGCCAGAGCCACGUUGGUUCCCUAAAAAUCUUAUUUGUUAAAGUUCAUUUUUUGAAAAGUUGCAUUUUUCUUCAGAGUGAGGUUUGAAAUGAGUGGAAAUGGCUUUCUGUUUCUCUCUUAUUGUCUUCAGUCCUGUCCUUGUAGCAUGCCAUUGCAAGGCAAAAUGUACAUAAAUAUAUAUCAAGCUUAAGAUGUUGGUAAGUGUUCAUGUCGUAGUGUUUUUUCAUGAAGUUUAAUAUUGACUUUGAUCUAAUAAAUUGUAACCUCCCCAUGACUUAAAAACUAA